UCUCUUGUUAUUGGGUGGGCGGCUGUGUCCUCAAAGCUUUAGAGAUUGCAAUCUCUCAGGCUUUGAUUGAUCUUCUUUGUGAUUUUGUUUUCUUGCUGUUCUUUUGUGGCUUUGCCGCCUUUUUAAAUAAAUUAUCAGUUACAAGAAAAAAUAAUAUUUGUUGGCUGUUUCACUUCUUUAACCAGCCUGGAGUUGAAUAAGGCUCCUUGACCUCCUUGAAGAGAUUUUGUUUAUUUCUUCAUUUUGGUCGGUAUGGUGGGUUUAUUAUUAUUAUUUAUUAAAUCAACUUGGUGAACUUUCACCAAUUCAACAGUAGACUUGAUAAUUUCAUACGGCUUCUGGAAUUUUUAUAUUUGUAACAUCAGCAAAAAAAAUUCCCCUACUAGAAAGUAAUUAAUUCAAGCAUAUUGUAGGAAUCUUGCCAUUGCAAACAUAUUGGUUGGAUCUUCUUGUAACGUUCCAAAAUUUAUUCCUUUGAUGAAUAAGAACAGGCAUUAGUGGAACUCAUCAUCUAUUUUUCUGUCUAUUGGUUUUGUCUAUCUCAUGAUAAGCAGGUCUUAAAUAUGCUUUGCUGCUCGGUCAAAGAUCCAAAUUCUGAGGCAUUCAAGUUGCACCUGCCAAGGUUUUUUGACUAUUUGUGGCUUGCAGAAGAUGGCAUGAAAAUGCAGGGUUAUCAUGGCAGUCAAUUAUGGGACACUGCUUUCACUGUUCAGGUUUUGGAAGACUGCCCUGGUGAUCUUAGUUUCUGGUAUUGUCACAUUUCUACAGGUGGAUGGCCUUUCUCAACUAGAGAUCAUGGAUGGCCCAUAUCAGAUUGCAUUGCGGAAGGUUUAAAGGCUUCACUCUUGUUGUCGCAGAUUCCAUCAAAAACUGUUAGUGAACCAAUCGAUGCAAACAAAUUGUACGACGCAAUGAAUGUCAUUCUUUCACUACAGGAAUUCGGAUGCCAAGAAGACAUGAUGUUCUGUGGUGUGUUUAAUGGCCAUGGCCCUUGGGGACACUACGUAGCAAAAAGGGUCAGAGAAUCACUGCCAUCAUCUCUGCUUUGCAAUUGGCAGGAGACUCUUGCUAUGAGCUCAAUUACAUCAGAAUUCCUUUUGGAAUCUGAUAAAGUGCUUAAUCGAUUUGACAUUUGGAAGGAAUCCUAUUUGAGAACUUAUUGAAAUGAGUGAUUCACUUGGGCAAAUGAAUCAUAACCUUGAAGGUUUGAAGAGUGAUCUGAAUGAAGUUACAAAGGGAAGGGAUUGCCUUGAUUCUGAAGUACUUGUCUUGAAAGAGCAGCUAGAAAUGGCACAAGCUAUUGCUAAAGAAAAUGAAGCAAUUGCUACGGAAGCUCAACAGAUGACUGAGGCAAGGAAGAACUAUGCCGAAGAGGAGGAGGUGAAGCUGCUAGAGAAGUCUGUGGAAGAGCUAGAAUAUACCGUAAAUGUAUUGGAAAACAAGGGGGAGCUUGUCAAAGGAGAGGCUGAAAGGCAACGGUUGCAGAGAGAGGAGCUGGAAGGGGACCCUGCUGAAACAGUUCAUGUGGAAGGCUAUGUGGCAGCUCAUGUGCAU